GGCCCAAAAUGCCAUUUUCAAAAGAUAUUGGGCUAGAAUGCAAACGGCAAAUAUCAGAAACCCUGAUCGACUCUCAGUCGACUACUUCUACAUAUUUCUUGUACUCUCUGUAAACACUCCAUUUUCGAAUUUCAUCGGCUAUUAUAUUCUCUCACUCAUCGCCUCCCACCUUGAAUCAACCUGCAAAAGAGAAAAAUGGCAGCAUGGACAGCGGCGUCAAGCCGCAAAUCUUGCCAGGCUUUCCACUCCCAGAACAGCAGCUACCUCCGCCCAAGCAUCGGUCCUAAUCCAGCGCCGCGGUCUUGCCGGCGGUGGCGAUCAUCAUGGUCCUCCAAAGGUGAACUUUUGGCAAGAUCCAAUGAGUCCCUCAAAGUGGAAAGAAGAGCACUUUGUGAUUGUGUCUCUUACUGGGUGGGGCCUUCUCAUUUUUGGAGGCUACAAGUUCUUCACAGGGGGCAAGAAAGACAAGAAGGAAGAGAAAGUUGGAGAAGGGGCACAUUAGUCUGGAAGUUGCCUAUACAUCAGGAAUAAAAUCAGCAAAUUAGGAUUUCAUGUUUGCAGAUUCCAGGUGCAAAAUAUGAUCUACUUUGAGAUCCUCUAGUUUCGGCGCUCCUGUUGCAGAUGCACUCUUGUGAGUGUUGACUGUGUUGCAAAUAUCUUUUUUCUGUUUCUUUUGGAUUGUAGAGUGUUGUUUGAGCAUAAGUUCAAUACCCUCUCUAAUAAUUUGGCACUUGUUGUUUGCACUCUCAUUCCCUGCGGGAGAAAUGUGACCUAUGCUUAACAGUUGGUGGUUUA